AUGGCCAGCAGCAUUCUGUUAGACCAGAAAUGGGAAGAACUGGGGGCUGCUGGCCGGCGAGCAGCUCUGCUGCCCGGGGCUGAAGGUGGCUCGGCAGCGUGCCCGGGUGGCAAAGGCGGGGCCCCACCGCCCCGGGCGGGUGGGCAGGUGGCAAAGGCGGGCCCCCACUGCCCGCGCGGCGUUGUGGUGCCUAUAGACUGCAGUAAGCAGCAGCAUCGGGGGCUGGGGGCAGUAAAUGGGAUCGGUCUGGAGGAAGGGGUCGUGCCACCGUGUGGGGAGCGCGGGGUGGAACGGGGGGCAGAGGCCAUCGGCCGCAGCCUGGAGCUUGAGAGUAAUUCUCGGCCGGUAGCACUGCUGAAGCCGUACGUAAGAAGGGAACGGUGGGGCCUGCUCCCGGCCGAGGGGUUUCUCCCUCGGGUCGUUCGUCCUGCAGCUCUCGCUACGGCCGGGCGCGAACCGGCGGCUCCGGCACGUCGGCUCUACGAACGCGUUGCUCCCGUUCUAAACCAUUUGUCUCAGGAGCUCAGUUUUCGAGUCCAGUCAGCGCACUGGGAGUUGAGGCUAAUCGUGCCCACACUGGUGUCUGAUGUGGAGCAGUCCCAAGAGCACAAACAGGCGUCAAGGGGGAAAAUCUUUGUUAUCGUGUUCAGGAAUUCACGAAACCUGCGGGUUCCGUACCUGCAGAGCAGGCGAAGCGGGCGCAGGGACAGAGGUCUGUUCCCCACGGGGGCCGUGGGUGACUCUGACAGCGGCGUGCAAAAGGCGGGGUGGGCCGGCUACCAUUUUUUUAUCAACGUUCUCUGCCUAAAAUAUGGAGUAAUCACUCGUGCAAGGAAAACUGAGAAACGAAUGCCGCUUCUAGCUAUCAUGUUAGCAGCUGAAUUUGUUUCAGAUCCUUGUGCCAGCAACCCCUGUCGCCAUGGUAACUGCAGCACCAGCGGUGAUGGCUACCUCUGUCUCUGUAGUGAAGGCUAUGAGGGCACAAACUGUGAGCACUCAUUUCACAGCCUGCCAGUCUCUGAACGGACAGAGUCAACGUCACCAAGGCAGAGCAGACCGGUCUCAUCCACCUUGGAACCUGACGUUGUUCUUCCUCGUUCAAGAGCAACCGUGACCUUACCUACGUGGCAGCCAAAAGUGGGACAGAAAGUUGUAGAUCUGAAAUGGGAUGAAAUAGAGAUAAUCCCAGAUGUGGCUUGUGGAAAUGCCAGUUCGAAUACCUCUGCUGGAGGCCGGCUUAUCUCCUUUGAAGUUCCACAGAACACAUCAAUAAAAAUAAGGCAAGACGCUACUGCUUCUCUUAUCUUGCUAUGGAAGGUGACAACCAUUGGAUUUAAACAGUGUUCACUUAUUGAUGGCAGAAGUGUCACUCUUCUCCAGGCACUGGGUGGACUUGUUCUUUCUGAAGAAAUGCUUGCAUUAGGGAACAACUACUUUAUUGGUUUUUUGAAUGAUUCAGUUACUAAAUGCAUUGUGGCUCUACGCUUGACUGUGACAGUGAAAGUCAGUACCUGCACGCCUGUGGGAAGCCAUUCAGAUAGCUUCCAGUGUUCGGGGAAAGGAAAAUGCAUCACCAAACCAGAUGAGGCAACUUUUUUCUGUGACUGCGAGGAUGAGUAUCAGGGUUCCCUGUGUGAAGAAUUCGAUGCUUGUCGGAGCCAGCCCUGUCAGAACAACGCAACCUGCACCGAUGUAGCACAGAAACACGACGGGAACAAUUUCACCUGCAGCUGCCCGGCUGGCUACACCGGAGAGCUGUGCCAGUCAGAGAUUGAUCAUUGCAUCCAGCAGCCAUGCCGAAAUGGAGGUACCUGCUCAUCCAGCAUCAGUGGAUUCAGUUGUCAGUGCCCAGAAGGGUUUUUAGGAACCUCUUGUGAAGACAAAAUAGACCCUUGUGCAUCCUCUCCCUGCCAAAACAAUGGAACCUGUUAUGCAGACAGACUUGCCUUUUCCUGCAGUUGUAGUCCUGGAUUUACAGGACCUACAUGUGCUCAGCUGAUCGACUUCUGCGCUCUGAAUCCUUGUGCACACGGCAUUUGUCGCAGCGUUGGAACCAGCUACAAAUGCCUCUGUAUCCCUGGUUACCACGGUCUUUACUGUGAAGAGGAAUACAACGAGUGCCUUUCUGCACCCUGCCAGAACGGAGCCACCUGCAGAGACCUCGUCAACAGCUAUGAGUGCGUGUGCCUUGCUGAAUAUGAAGGAAGGCACUGUGAAUUAUACAAAGAUCCUUGUGUUAACAUCAACUGUCAGAACGGCGGCACUUGUGACAGCGAAGGUCUAAAUGCUACGUGUAUUUGUGCACCUGGAUAUGCAGGUGAAGAAUGUGAAACUGAUGUGAAUGACUGUGACAGCAACCCAUGUCACCAUGCUGGAACUUGCAUAGAUCAGCCUGGUGGUUACACCUGUCAUUGUCCACAUGGAUGGGUUGGUGCAAACUGCGAAAUACAUCUGCAGUGGAAGUCCGGGCAUAUGGCAGAGAGUCUAACAAACAUGCCUCGUCACUCCCUCUACAUCAUAAUUGGGGCUCUCUGCGUAGCGUUUGUCCUCAUGCUGAUCAUUCUGAUUGUGGGGAUAUGUCGCAUCAGCCGCAUUGAAUAUCAAGGCUCUUCCAGGCCAGCCUAUGAAGAAUUUUACAACUGUAGAAGCAUUGACAGCGAAUUCAGUAGUGCGAUUGCUUCUAUCCGACAUGCCAGGUUUGGCAAGAAAUCCCGACCUGCAAUGUAUGACGCAACCCCCAUUGCUUACGAAGAUUACAGCCCAGAUGACAAACCUUUGGUUACACUGAUUAAGACAAAAGAUUUGUAAUCUAGUGUAUCUUUUUUGGAUUAUUUUUCAAAAGGAUGGGCUACUAACCUAAUUUAAAUAUUUUUAAGAAGAAAGCAUAAGUAAUUUAAACCAUUAGAUGCUUCAGAAUUUUCUGUAGAAUAUUUAAGAACCAAUUUUCUGCAGCUUUUAGUUUGGAAAAAUAUUUUAAAACAGAAUUUGUGAACUUCAUGAAUUACAUUUUAAUGUACCUUGAGCUCUAUAAACUAUAAGCUUAUGAUAGUGUGUGCUUUUUUCUUGGUAGACACUAUUACUAAACCCAGAUGAGUUUCUUGUGGUUGUUACAGAACAGAAAACAAUAAUUAAUGAGGAGUUCUUUAUGACAUGUCAGUGCCAGCUUUCUCAGUAGAGGUAGGAAAAAUGUGAAGCAUAAUAUGAUAUAUAAUAUAUCCAUUAAUUAAAAAAGUCUAAAAUGUUUGUGUUGUGAAGAAGAAACUAGUAAAAAUUAUUAUUCCUAAUCUGAAUGAAUUAGCUUUUGCCUUAUUCCAUGCAUGGGUAGAUAACCAAUUUCUCCAUUAUUUCCUGAAAGUUGCUGAAACAUACUCUUGAGUUGAUGUUUGACAUUUUUGUAAUAGUAUUCAGGCUAGGCCUUGUAUAAUAAAGUGCCUCUUGAGGCAAAGUAAGGGCAUGAUCCUUUAAACAUUGAAAUCAAUGAGAGAGCUUCCAUUGAAUUCAGUGGGCAUGGGAUUGGAUCCUACAAUUGGACUGAAUCUAUAUUUUUCUUUAAAGGUUAAAGUUUUUUAUAUUGUGAGUAAACUAAGCAUAUGGUUUGAGUUGUUUGUUUCCUAAAGGUUGUUGAUGUACAGUAUUGUUUCAUGAAAUAUUGUGUAUUUCUCAUAGUGCUUCUUAUUUAGGAUCAGUAUGGGGUUUUUGUGGCUGUAUUGGAUUGCUUAUGGGCGUCUAAAAUUCUUGCUUAUUUCAGAAAGUAUUGAAUAAAUGUUAUCAAGUGAGGAUUGCA